AAUUACAGAAUAAAGAUGCGACGAAUGCGAAAGAGAUUAUUAGAUGUUCAUGUUUGCGAAUUACCAAAAAAAUCUGACAGUAAUUUACCAAAAUUACCUCCAAAUGCAAGAUUUUAUACUCGUUGGAAACGAAAUUUUCAGAAAAUUUUUCUUGUUUGUAUAACUCAUCCUUUAACUCGGAAUUACUUACGUAGUUUAGCCGCGAUUGCUUUUGAAAAGAGAAGACAUGGGCGUUCUACAACAUGGUGGGUAAUACAUCCUUGUAGUAACUUAAGAUAUUAUUGGGAUUUCUUAAUGACAUUUACAUUUCUGUACAUGUUUGUUGUAAUACCAUAUAUUUUGGCAUUUCAUAGAGUAGCUAAAAGUUCUGAUCCAAAAAUUUGGAAUUUAGUACAUCCUGCAUAUAUUAUUUGCAUAUGCGAUAUUGGAUUUAAUAUGAUAACUGGUUUUGAAUCAAAGGAUGGUCAUGAAGUUUUUCUUGAUCCAAUUUUGAUAAUACAAAAUUAUAUGAAAGGAUAUUUUUUUUUCGAUCUUAUAUCAUCAAUUCCAUAUGUUUGGUUUUAUCAAGAUCGCAUUUUACCUCCUGGACCUAAUUCAAAUUCUUUAUUAUUGAUUCCCGAAUUUUUUCCACUUUUAAAAAUUAUACGUAUUUUUACAUUACGUCACUACAUCGGACAAAUACUUAACACAUAUUUUGUACUUUCACACGCUCAAGAAAAAAUUAUAUGGUUAUUCAUUUUGAUAUUAUUAUUAUUUCAUUGGAGUAGUUGUACAACAAUCCUUUUCCCAUUUAUCAUAGCACAUAUAAAUGCUGAAACUUUAAAAGAUUCAGAUAUGUAUUUAAUUACUUCCAAAUUAUAUGAGAAAUCUGACUAUGAUAUUUAUUUAAUGUAUUUUCAUAUUGGCAUGAGUAAUAUUAUGGCAUCGACUUGUUUAGAAUUUUAUUCCCUGGGUAAAAUGGAUAUAAUAACCCGUUGUAUUUUACUGUUGUUUGGAAAAGCAUGUAUAAUUUAUUUUUUAGUUAUAAUCUUACAAUUGAUUGAAUCAGCUGCAGAAGCAGAAUUAAAGUAUCAACAAGUUAUAUAUCAAGUAAAAGAAUAUAUUCAUCAAAAAAAAUUUCCAGAAAAUCUUAAAAAAAGACUUAUUGAUUAUUACGAAUAUCGUUUUCAAGGCAGUUACUUUAAAGAAAAUGCAAUAUAUCGUACUUUAUCAAAUCUUUUAAAUCAAGAAAUUAUGAUGCACAGUACCCGUGGAUUGUUAGAUACAGCAACCAUUUUGCAUCAUUUGCCACGCAAUGUUAUUGGAAAUUUAAUGGAAAUUUUAAAACCAGUCAUUUAUCUUAAUGAAGAUAUCAUAUAUAAAAGUAAAACUGAAGGUGAAUGUAUGUUCUUUAUAGUUAGUGGAACUGUUGCUCUUAUUACAUUCUCUGGAAAAGAAAUAUGUCAUGAAAAAGAUGGAGGUUACUUUGGUGAAGCAGCUAUAAUAUUUCCAGACCGAAAAAGAUUAGAAACUGUAAUCGCGCUAGAAUUUUAUCUUUUAUUUAGUGCUACAAACAUGGUUGAACUGAAAUGGGAAGAAAAAUAUGAACUCAUCACAAGAAAUUUAGCUGAGUGGCUUGGUGAUGAAAAACUUAAAAGUAUUCUCAAACAACGAGAUUUGAAGCUUUAUUGGGGUACUGCUACAACUGGUAAACCUCAUAUUGGCUAUUUUACACCAAUGUCUAAGAUAGCAGAUUUCUUAAAAUCUGGUGCAGAAGUUACUAUAUUAUUUGCUGAUCUUCAUGCUUAUUUGGAUAAUAUGAAAGCACCAUGGGAACUUUUAGAAUUACGUACCCAAUAUUAUGAAAAAGUCAUUAAAGCUAUGCUUAGGUCUAUUGAUGUACCUUUGGAAAAAUUAAAGUUUGUUAAAGGAACUGAUUAUCAAUUAUCCAAGGAAUAUACAUUAGAUGUAUAUCGUUUAAGUUCUAUUGUAACUGAACAUGAUGCAAAAAAAGCAGGUGCUGAAGUAGUUAAACAAGUUGUAAAUCCUUUGCUUUCUGGAUUAUUAUAUCCAGGUUUGCAAGCUUUGGAUGAACAGUAUCUUAAAGUUGAUGCUCAAUUUGGUGGAAUAGAUCAAAGAAAAAUUUUCACCUUUUCAGAAAAAUAUUUACCAUUACUUGGUUAUGAAAAAUGUAUUCAUUUAAUGAAUCCAAUGAUUCCUGGAUUAGCAGGAUCAAAAAUGUCUUCUUCUGAAGAAGAUUCAAAGAUUGAUUUAUUAGAUAAUCCUGCAGCUGUUAAAAAAAAGUUAAAAAAAGCAUUUUGUGAACCUGGUAAUAUUAAUGAUAAUGGAGUACUUUCAUUUGCCAAACAUGUAAUAUAUCCUUUAUUAAAAGAAGAAGAAUCUUUUAAUGUAUAUAGAACAGCUGAAUUUGGUGGAGAUAUAUCAUUUGAUACAUAUGAAGAUUUAGAAAAUGCAUUCGCUAAGGAAGAAAUACAUCCUGGAGAUUUAAAAAAUGCAGUUGAGAUUUAUAUCAAUAAACUUUUAGAUCCAAUUAGAAAAGAAUUUGAAACAGAUUCAAAAUUUAAAAAUUUAGCGAAUAAAGCAUAUCCUCCACAAAAACCAAAAAUUAUUGAGGAAUUAACACCGGCUCGAUUAGAUAUCAGAGUUGGCAAAAUAAUUGAAGUAUCAAAACAUUCUGAUGCUGAUUCACUUUAUGUAGAAAAAAUUGAUCUUGGAGAAGCUACUGGACCUCGUACAAUAGUCAGUGGACUUGUAAAUUAUGUACCAUUAGAACAAAUGAAAGAUAGAAUGGUAGUUGUCCUUGCAAACUUGAAACCAGCAAAUUUAAGAGGUGUUCAAUCCCAUGGAAUGGUUUUAUGUGCUUCAGUGGAUGAACCAAUGAGACGAGUAGAACCAUUGAGACCUCCAUUAGAUAGCAAGCCAGGUGAAAAAGUAAUUGUGGAUGGAUAUGAAGAUGAAUCACCAGAUGAUGUACUUAAUCCCAAAAAAAAAAUAUGGGAAAAAUUACAAGUUGAUCUCGUAGUAAAUGGUAAUGGGGAAGCAUCUUGGAGUGGAAAUCUUUUACUUACUGCCAAUGGUGGUAAACUUACAGCUGAUAGUCUUAAAAAUGUAGCGAUUAAAUAAUAAUGCUUCAGAUAUCUAGGUAUCCAUGUAUUUUUAUUUUUGCAAAAAUUGAUCAAAUCUGA